AGGAAAAGACGACGAAGAAGAAGUUGGAGGAAUCAGCCAGCAAUGAGUUGCACCUCCCACCUUCUCUGUGCCCGCGGUAACUUCCACCAUGGCUGUUUUCUGCACAUCUUGUCUCGACAGUCUCCAUUGCUCAGAGCACUCAGUUCUGGUCCCCAGAUCAGCCGCAGCCUACAAGAGAGCUACAGGCUUCUGCAACUGCCCGAUGAGGGAAGCAGCAGUCCUGUACAGGUGAAAGAAGCCUACCUCCGACUAGCCAAGCUCUACCACCCAGACUCUGGGGCCCCGACUGCAGAUGCAGGCCUGUUUGCUCAAGUAGAGGAGGCCUACCGAGCUGUGCUAGCUCAUCAGAGUAAGGUUAAGAAACCUGACGGGAAGGAAGAAGUGGAAGAUGAAGAUAAGUCCAGAGGAACUGCACUUCAGCACAGACACUACCUCAGCUACGACGGUGUCGGCACAGGAACGCCCAGCCAACGUGAGCGCCAGUUCCGGCAGAUUCGUGUCGACAGGGCGUCUGAGCAGGUUUUGAACUACCGUCAGAGGGAGCAUGAGAGGGCAGCUGCGGCAGAGGGGGCGCUGGUGGAGCGUGACAUGCGUCAGCGUAGCCGGAAGAUCAAAAUCACCCAGGCUGUGGAGCGACUGGUAGAAGAUCUGAUCCAGGAAUCCAUGGCCCGAGGAGACUUCAGGAACCUGAGUGGAGCUGGGAAACCUCUUAACAAGUUUGAACACAAUCCUUACGCUGAUCCAAUGACCCACAACCUCAACCGCAUCCUCAUAGACAACGGUUAUCAGCCUCCAUGGGUCGUCACACAGCGUGACAUCAGAGAGAAGACUGCUCAUAUCCGAAAGAGAUUAUUGGAGGGGAGAGCCAGGCUCGGUGACCCUGUGACACCAAAAGAGCACAGCCAAUGGGAGCAGCUGUGUGAAUCUGUAGAGGAUGAGCUGGUGAAGCUGAACAAGUUGGUGGACAAUUAUAAUCUCGUUGUACCUAUGCUUAAAAUGCAAAUGGUUCACUUCAGUUUGUCACGAGAGAUCGAACGUGCUGUAAAAGGAGCCGAGCAACACAGACUGGAGCAGCAGAGAGAGAGAGAGAAGGAGAGAGAGAGGAGGAAGGAGGAGAAAAGAAGAGCGAACACUGUGACAAGGCCUAAAAACACCAAUCAGGGCCUGAUGUCAUGGAUGAAGAAUAUGCUCAGGUUGAAAGUCUAGGUAUGCUCUGAUCCCACUUUUUUUUCUUACCAAGUGCAAGUUCUUCUGUUCAGACUUAGCCAACCCAAUUCUGUACUCCACAUUGUCAAAAAAUCAAUUUUUUCAAUGAAUGUGGCAAGUUUGAGUACCAUUGCACAUAUAUUUGGUUAUAGAGAAGAGUCACCUGUCCUUUCAUUUCAGCUGGAAUCUCCAUCAUAUCUAACAUGCCUGCAAAAGUCCUCCCCUCUGUAAUAUUUUUGCCCAUAAUGUGAGGCUAGUAUGUUAAAAAUGUGAGCUUUAGCAGAUGAGUUUGGAGUGGGCUAGCUAAGCAAACAGGCUGCUAACUAGCCAGCAGGCUAAAAUUAAUCAUUUAUCACCUUGAUAUGAAAUACAGUCAGUUUUAUGAUUCAGUUUUAUGUUAAAUACAGCAUGACAAAGGGCUGUCAGAUCAUAUUGGCAGUUUGAAAUAUAUUUAUAAAUAUGAAUUAAAAAGUUAAAUGUUGGAGGGUUUAAUUUUAAAAAAUACAAUGUGCAGAUUCUUAUUCAUCUAGUUCAUGGUUAUCCAUGGUUUCAUCAAGAGGAUAAUUAGACUUGAUUGAGGUUCUUAAAGUGAUUCGCCUUACCCUUAUGGAGGAGAGGUUCAAACUGAACCAGACUGCUCAGUGGAGCAGAUAAAGGCAAAAAGGCUUAAUAUAAUAUAAGGAAAAUCAUAAGUUUUUGAAUAAAAAAUGACUUGAAUUUGCACCCAAAACUAUUGGAUUUCAAUGAAGUUCCAAAUUAAUCACAUCAAUUUGACUUGCAUUAGAUGCUUUUACUGUAAUGUCAGCAAUUGUUCAACAUUUCCAUACAGAUGUUUUAAAUUUCAGUCAUUUUUAAAACGUCGUCAAAGUAACCCUGAAAUAGUUUCAGAAUGUCAUAGCUGUAACUGAGACCUGUAUUGGGACAAUCAUGCUUGCUUAACAGUUAAGUGUAAGGAAAUUAAUGUGCUAAGAGGAAAUGUAACAACACCAUGCAGUUUUUUAUGGUUGAGUUGUUUCUGUGAAAUUCAAACCAAACACUGUAACCUUCAGUUGCUAUGUGACAAUAAA